ACCUGAAUCAUGGCAGCAGGGAGGGGGGAAGGAUGGGGGGGGGGGAUGAAUGGAAGGAAGGGCUCCCCCCUUUCCCUCUGGGAACCAGGAGAGGCAACGAGCAAUCGGUUGCAGAUGGGAGGGGCGUCCUCUCCCCCAAACAAGAGCUGCUCCCUGCAUUGAAGUGCAUCGUGGCAACAGCUGAGAGGGUCGCAGAAGUGGCAGCGCAAUGGCCUCAGGGGCACCAUCGUUUGCACUGUCUCUUCUUAAAGGUGGAGUGGAAAGAGGAGCCAGGCAGCUUCCUCAGGCCCUCUUGACCUUUGAGGAGGUGGCUGUGUUUUUCACGGAGGAGGAGUGGGCUCUGCUGGAUCCUGGCCAACGAGCUCUGCACAAGGAAGUCAUGGAGGAGAAUUAUGAGAUGGUGGCCUCUCUAGCAGAGACUCUGAUACUCAAGUCUGAGCACAUCUCCUCGCUUGGAGCAGAAAAAAACAGGGAUGUUGUCCUGGACCAAUUGAGAGGUGAUGAAGAAGGCAAUCAGAAUUUUGAGGGGCCAUCUGUAAAGUACUUCAGCAUUAGUGAUCACCUUAGCACACAUCUACAAACUAACACAGGGAAGAAACACUUUAAAUGCAUGGAGAGUGGAAAGAGCUUCAGUAAAAAUGGAAACUUCACUAGACAUCAACGAAUUCACACAGGGGAUAAACCAUUUAAAUGCAUGGAGUGUGGAAAAAGUUUUGCUUAUAGUAGCAGCCUUAGAAUUCAUCAACGGACUCACACAGGGGAAAAACCAUAUAAAUGUAUAAAGUGUGGAAAGAGCUUCAGGCAGUGUUCACACCUUACUGUACAUCUACAAACUCACACACGGGAGAAACCUUUUAAAUGUAUGGAGUGUGGAAAGAGCUUUAGGGAUAGGGAAAUACUUACUGUACAUCAACAAAUUCACACUGGGGAGAAACCAUUUAGAUGCAAGGAUUGUGGGAAGGGUUUCAGUGAAGGUAGGAAACUUACAAUACAUCAACGAACUCACACAGGGGAGAAACCAUUUAGAUGUUUGGAGUGUGGAAAGAGCUUCAGUCAGAGUGCAAGCCUUACUAGACAUCAACGAACUCACACAGGGGAGAAACCAUAUAAAUGUAUGGAGUGUGGGAAGAGCUUCAGUGAAGGUGGAAAAUUUACUAGACAUCAACAAAUUCACACUGGGGAGAAACCAUUUAAAUGUAUGGAGUGUGGGAAGAGCUUCAGUCAGUGUUCAUACCUUAAUAUACAUCAACGUAUUCACACAGGGGAGAAACCAUAUAAAUGUAUGGAAUGUGGGAAGAGCUUCAGUGAAAAUAGAAACCUUACCUUACAUCAACGAAUUCACACUGGGGAGAAACCAUUUAGAUGUAUGGAUUGUGGGAAGAGCUUCAGUCAUGGUCCACACCUUACUGUACACCAACGUAUUCACAAAGGGGAGAAACCUUUUAAAUGUCUGGAGUGUGGAAAGAGCUUCAGUACAAAUGGAAACUUUACUAGACAUCAAGGAAUUCACAAAGGGGAAAAACCAUUUAAAUGUCUGGAUUGCGGAAUGAGCUUCACUGAGAAUGGAUCUCUUGCUAGACAUCAACGAAUUCACACAGGGGAGAAACCAUUUAGAUGUAUGGAGUGUGGAAAGAGCUUCAUUCAGUGUUCACACCUUAGUAGACAUCAACGAACUCACACAGGUGAGAAACCAUAUAAAUGUAUGGAGUGUGGAAAGUGCUUCAUGUGUAGUUGGCAACUCAAUGUGCACCAUCAAAGUCACACCGGGGAGAAACCAUUUAAUUGUAAGGAUUGUGGGAAGGGUUUCAGUGAUUGUAUAAAACUUACAAUACAUCAACGAAUUCACACAGGGGAGAAACCAUUUAGAUGUAUGGAGUGUGGAAAGAGCUUCAUUCAGAGUUCACACCUUAGCAGACAUCAACAAACUCACACAGGGGAGAAACCAUAUAAAUGUAUGGAGUGUGGGAAGGGUUUCAGUCAGAGUGGAUCUCUUAGAAAACAUCAAAAAUCUCACAGAGAAAUGGAGGAGAAUUAUGAGAUGGUGGCCUCUCUAGGUGAUGGAGAAGGCAAUCAGAAUACUGCAAAGUACUUCAGUGUGAGUGAACACAUUAGCACACACCUACAAACUAACAUAGGGGAGAAAUCCUCUAGAUGCAUGGAGUGGGGAAAGAGCUUCAAUCAGAGUGCAAGCCUUACUAGACAUCAACAAAUUAACACCAGGGAGAAACCAUUUGGAUGUAUGGAUUGUGGGAAGAGCUUCAGUCAGUGUUCACACCUUACUGUACAUCAAUGUAUUCACACAGGGGGGAAACCAUAUAAAUGUAUAGAGUGCGGAAGAAGCUUUAGAGAAAAUGGAAGUCUUACUGUACAUCAACGAACUCACACGGGUGAGAAACCAUUUAAAUGUUUGGAGUGUGGGAAAGGUUUCAUUGAGAGUGGAGCUCUAAAAAAACAUCAACGAAUUCACACAGGGGAGAAACCAUUUAAAUGUAUGGAAUGUGGGAAGGGUUUCAUUGAGAGUGGGGCUCUAACGAAACAUCAACGAAUUCACACAGGGGAGAAACCGUUUAAAUGCAUGGAGUGCGGAAGGAGCUUCAGUGAAAAUGGAACUCUUACAAAACAUCAACGAAUUCACACAGGGGAGAAACCAUUUAGAUGUAUGGAUUGUGGAAAGAAGAUCAGGGAUAGGGGAAAUCUUACUGUACAUCAACGAAUUCACACCGGGGAGAAACCAUACAGAUGCAUGGGGUGUGGAAAGAGCUUCAGACUUUGUUCGCACCUUACUAUACAUCGGAGAACUCACACAGGGGAGAAACCAUAUAAAUGUAUGGAGUGUGGAAAGAGCUUCAGUGAAAAUGGAAGUCUUACCUUACAUCAACGAACUCACACGGGUGAGAAACCAUUUAAAUGUAUGGAGUGUGGAAAGUGUUUCAGGCAGUGUUCAUACCUUACUAUACAUCGAAGAACUCACACAGGGGAGAAACCAUACAAAUGUUUGGAGUGUGGAAAGAGCUUCAUGCGUAGUUGGCAACUCAUUGUGCACCAUCAAAGUCACACUGGGGAGAAACCAUUUAAUUGUAAGGAUUGUGGGAAGGGUUUCAGUGAAGGUAGAAAACUUACAAUACAUCAACGAACUCACACAGGGGAGAAACCAUAUAAAUGUUUGGAGUGCGGAAAGAGCUUCAUUUGUAGUGGGAAACUCACUCUACACCAACAAAGUCACACCGGGGAGAAACCAUUUAAAUGUAUUUGUGGGAAAGGUUUCAUUGAGAGUGGAGCUCUUAGAAGACAUCAACGAACUCACACAGGAGAGAAACCAUUUAAAUGUCUGGAGUGUGGAAAGAGCUUCAGUGAAGCUUCAAAACUGACCAUACAUCUACGAGGUCACACAGGGGAGAAACCCUUUAAAUGUAUAGAGUGUGGACAGAGUUUCAGUCACAAUGGAACACUUACUAGACAUCAAAGAACUCACACAGGUGAGAAACCAUAUAAGUGUAUGUUUUGUGGAAAGUGCUUCAGACAGUGUUCAGACCUUACUCUACAUCAACGAACUCAUACAGGGGAGAAACCCUUUAAAUGUAAGGAUUGUGGGAAGGGUUUCAGUGAAGGUAGAAAACUUACAAUACAUAAACGAACUCACACAGGGGAGAAACCAUUUAGAUGUUUGGAGUGUGGAAAGAGCUUCAGUCAGAGUGCAAGCCUUACUAGACAUCAACGAACUCACACAGGGGAGAAACCAUAUAAAUGUGUGGAGUGCGGGAAGAGCUUCAGUGAAGGUGGAAAACUUACAAGACAUCAAAAAUCUCACAGAUAAGCAAUUGCUUAAAUGAGUGUGGAAAGUGUUUCAAUUAUAACAGUUCUCAAUUAACACCUACAGACUGUCACAGGGGGAACCAAUUUCGUUUUAUGGAAUGUGCCAAGUUUUUCCUCACAGAGUUCACUUUGUCCCUCACAUCAACAAACUCAUAUAGGGAACAAUCAAGUGUAAAUGCAUGGAGUGUAUUUGAUGUUCUGGUGUUUGUAUGGAAAGUUGUACGUACAUGUAUUAAAGCAAAUAAAAUGUCUCAUAAUAGUAA